AAAAAUUUAUGUACGGCACUGGGAAAAAUUACUUCGGCAGUUAUGGGUAGCCAACUUCACGCUAUUAUUAGAUUUUCCAUAGAGUUGAAAUCGUAGACAAUUGUUUAAUAGGUCUCUGGUUAAAAUACAACACCUCUAUGAUCAAUUCGAAUAAAAAUCGUUGCAUUUCCCCCUUUUUCGUGUAAUUCGUUGGUGAAAAUUUAACAAUUCUGAUCUUAUUUAAUUCAAUUACGUGUUCAUCUUGGUGGAAUACUCACCAAACAAAUAGCCACUUCGAAAAUGUGUCGGUUAAUUAGUUAGUGAACAUUUUGGUUUGUGAAAUGCGGUUACCAUGAAAUUGUUGUGAUUGACGAAUUUUCGCCCCCAUUUCUUCACGAAAUCCGACAUUUUGAAAUAACUGAGCUACAUUUCGAAGAAGAGUCAUUAAGAAAAUGCAUCAGUUCCAUCCAGCAUCAAGCAAAUAUACAGGCAUUUACAGGUGUUCUGAUAACAUUGAUAAUUUCAAAAUACGAGUCAGGAUCAAAGAGAUACCGGACCUGGGGCUGGCAACAGAAUCCGACUUCCAGGAUAAUUGGGAAGUCAAGGAGUUCAAAUGGCAGCAGAAGGUGUUCAACAAUUUCGAAAAGCAGUUUUAUGGCGAGGAACAGAAUUGCGUUACGGACAUUGAAAAACAGUACCACUCGAUAUUGAAGAAUUCGGUUACAUCCCCUGACGACAAGAUGUUGUUCAGCUAUGUGGACAAUGAUGGUUUCACCUAUGAGAUUGAGGAUUCUUCAAUAGUGAAGAGAAAUUUUGAAUCGAGAGGUGUGAGAGAAGAUGCCCUUGAUGAAGUUGUGGAAGUUGCCUCUGAAUUCGAUUACAAGGUUUUCUUGCAGCAGAGCAUGGAGAACGUUGGAAUAUCUGAAGAAAUUUCGAGCAUGUACAUUAUGGCUGACAUGGGAGAGUACGUUCAGGAAAAUUGGGUCAAAUUCGAACAUGUUUUGUGCAUGCUGAAGUAUGAUAAAGAAAAGAACGUUUUGAGAGUGUAUCCGGACUUCUCCCCAGAUAUUCCUUAUCAUAUGCAAGUUGUUGGGGAUACAACUAAAAACUACUAUUUUUUCAUUGAGCAUGCCUCUGAGGAUAUACCAGAAGAUUUGGCCCAGAUCGAAGAACAAAUUUUCAAGAAGAUUGCUGAUUACAAAAAGUCCUUAAGAAGGACUGCUUUAACCAACGAUUUCGAGCUUCCUUCUGUGAACAAAUUGGAGGUACACAUUUUCUUCGAAAUAGUAUCGGGUAGAGACUUCGAGUACGACAACAUCUACGUCAAGUACUUCCUGGAGUUGCCCGAGAGGUGGUCGUGCAAGAAUCCCGAACUGCUGGAAGGUCUGACCCAGACUUGUCGUUCGAAACGUGAGGCAGACGACCUGAUUUUCGGACACGUCUUCGACUUGGUUCUGGAGUAUGACAUUCAGGAUUUUGCUGACGUUGGUUUUCCUGAAUUCCCCUACAUAUACUUCGAAAUCGUGUCCAGGGGGUCCUGGGACCGAUACAGGUGCGAAGGACUGACCUACCGCUGCCUACCCAUAGCCAAACCCGGAUUUUACGAAUACUCCCUACCGUGUUUCCGACUUACUGAAGGGGUGACAAGCGAACUGAGACGCUUUUUCGUAGGCGACUGUUCCAAUUACAACGAUAUCACGUGGAUUGGCCUUCCGAAGUCUCUAGAUUCGGACAGCGUAUUCAACAAAUACGGCGUUCGCACCGUGGGUACCGGUAGCCUGACAGUGAGGAUGAACGUCGUUCACCAGUCUCAAGCUUUCCUGGCCAAGUACAACGAGGCGGACGUGAUUAAGAGUAAGGAAAAGUUUAUAUUCGAGAAACUGAACUCUUCGUCGCUCGUCAAGAGCGUGGAACAAGUGUUGGAGGCUUUUAAGAGGGCCAGGAGGAACAUGAUCCAAGCGAGAAAGAUGUAGGCAUUAAAAAUGGUGGAGGGUAGAUUUAUAUAAAGAUGUUUUCGAGAAAA